CCGACGGAUGAGAACUUGCGCUGACGUAAGCCGUGCGUGUCGUUUUCUUCCGUUCUUAGAUUCUCCUCUGUGCACGAAAAACAAGGAGGUUAUAAAAUAGUUAUCAGUUUCGAAAUUCAAUUUUCCAGUCUCAGUAAGGUCGUUCGUAUCGUGUGAUUAGUUCGUGCCCCGUUUAACUUGGAUUUUAAUCGGUUUCAUUGUUCUUUUAGCUUAAAAGAGCUCUAACCCCUCCUUUUUGUGGAGAGAAGCCUAGACCCAUUAAAAAUGUAUUCUAAGCAUUGUUAACUUCUGGAUCGGCCCGUCAGCUUGCUUACCCUGCCCGUCAGCCAUUGCUCGCUUGGAACGCCGCUAUACCCUUCCCCACCCCGCCCACGCCCUUGGAUACAUCUCUUUACGCCACAGACAAAAAUACGUGUGACCCGCUCUCCGUACUACCAAACAUACGAAGAAAGCUUUUAACCAUUUAGUUCUCUUCCAUUUUUCUUUUGGUAUUUUUUUAAUUGGCUUCUUAGAUUUAUUUUUGCUGGCCUUCGAAGAUCACGUAUCUCCUUCCGACCGAUCAUUUUUUAUUUACUCUUUUGGAUCAAACACUCUCUCGGCUUUGUUUUUGUUGCUAAAGUCCUCCAAACAGUGACCCUUUAAAUUGGCUUCCUUGUGCUAUCUCCUCUCUCGAAUCGUCAGUUCGACACCCGCAGCGCAGUGAGUCAGUGCAAAUCCAAUUGUGUUCAAGUUUCAAGUAAAUACGCAACGGUGCUAGUCAAAAUUCCCAAUUGCCCCCGGACUUGUUGUUAUGAUCAGCGCGGAUCACAACGAAUGGUGACGAGUGUCGACAACGUGAUAACGGAGUUGAAGUAGGCGCCAAGUGCCUGCAAUUAGCGAUCAGUCUUUUCGCGGGAUCGACGUGGCGUUAGGUCUGGCCGGCCUAGCCUCCGCCGGAAUCAUUAUUUCGACCUCGAAUUCGUGCGGAUUCCCGAACCUGUAUAUCCCCGGGAUCCCUGAAGGCGGCGCCGGGGCCCCCGUACCCUCGGAGUCGAGUGAGUGCCAGUCGCCAGCUCUCGGGCAGCCCCCGCAGGGCCAGAGCCACCCGCAGGUCUUCUCGUCGCCCGAGUACUCCCUGCCGACCGUCACAAUCGCGACCAUAGCGGCCCCCGUGCUCCCUCCCCCGCAGCCACCCCCCGCCCCCGGCAUGGCCAACAUGGUCAACAUGAACAACCUCCUCAACGGCAAGGACUCGAGAUGGCUCCAGCUGGAAGUGUGUCGCGAGUUCCAGAGGAAUAAGUGCACGCGGCCCGAUACCGAGUGCAAGUUCGCUCACCCGCCUACCAACGUCGAGGUCCUCAACGGACGAGUCACCGCCUGUUACGACAGCAUAAAGGGACGAUGCAAUCGAGACAAGCCACCCUGCAAAUACUUCCAUCCGCCGCAGCAUCUGAAAGAUCAACUUUUAAUAAACGGAAGAAAUCAUUUAGCUUUGAAAAAUGCCCUACUGCACCAAAUGGGCCUGGCGUCCGGGCAACCUUUAGUACCAGGCCAAGUUCCCACAGUGGUCGGAGGUAAGCUGGCGUUGGCCCCCGCCCCUCACCCAGCCCUUCAGCACGCCUCUCAACUAGGCUUAAUGGCAACGACGCCGUAUUUAACAGGGAUGCCCCAAGUUAACAGCACGUUCAGUCCAUAUUUUAGCCCAGCACCAAUGAUGCCUACUUUAGUCGCCCAAGAUCCAACCGGAUCCCUGGGAAUGGUUCAACAAACUGUGGUUGCCGCCACCACAGCCCAACAAAAGAUGGCGCGCUCCGAUAGACUAGAGCCCUCAACCGCUGCCACCUCUAUGUCUCUUGCCGCAUCUCCCAUCGAGCUUGCCGGAAGGAAACGAACCCGAAAUCCAUCCGAUGACUUAUUAAUGAUGGAUAUGAAAGCAGUUGGUCAGCUUUAUUAUGAUAAUUUUGCAUUUCCUGGGAUGGCGUACAAACGAGCCGCAGGUGAUAAGUCUGGAGUGCCUAUGUACCAGCCUGGUGCUACAGCAACGUACCAACAGUUGUUGCAACCAUUUGUGCCGGUCUCAUUUACAGGACAUCCCCCUGGAGUUCCUCGAUUUUAGGCUACAACUGUGAUUCGUUGGACGUAUCUAGUUUUUCAUCUCCAGUCAGGCAGGGAGUUUUGUAUCUCCUUUUUUUCUUCUAAGGCUGUGACUUAAAUAACGUCUACGAUGAAGAUAUUUUAGUAUAUUGACCGUCUUUACUCACUCAGCAAGUGCCACAUCUCUUUACUAUCUUGUAAGUAACUAAUUUUAAUUAAAUACAAAUAAAACAAAAAAAAUUAUAUGUAAAUUUAUUUAUUCAUACAAAGAGAUAUAAAUAUGUAUGUAUAGCGUAAUUGUAAUUUGUUAAGUAUAAUCAGAAAUUGUAGUAUUAUAAUUUUUAGGUUCUAGGUUAUUUAUGAGAAGUUCCUUCUUGUAGUGAUUGACUGACCUUUGACCUUUUGUUGCAAGUAUUAAUCAAAGGAAUUUUGUGUAAACUAUUUGUAAAUAGGGAAUUUGUAAUGCAAAGUUGUUUCUCCCCAGUGUAACUGAAGAUAUUGUCAUGUAGCAUGCAGAUGCAUCUUAAUUUAUUUUAUUUUUUUCUUUUAUCUUCUUUUUAACUUUUCUGAUAUGAACACGGUGUAAAACUCCAAGUUUCAAUCAGUUGACAGUUCAGUCUGUAUAAAAUGAGUCAUAGGAAAUUGAUUAAGGCACACUGAGGGCCUAUCUAGGGUAAUUCACUGUAGACCUUUCCCAGUCUUGUUUUUUUAAAAAUGUUAAAUCUCUUUAGUCAAAAUUACUGUUAAUCAAAGGAAAGAGCAAUUUUUUUGAAGGAAAGAACUUCUUCAACAGAUUUAUCAAAUUCAAAUGUUACUGUUUCAAGCAUUACGUCCAGCAAUCUUGUGAGUCAUUCAUCACACAUUUGUAAAAUAUCCAAAGAUAUUGGCAUUAGUUUGAAUGGGAAGAAGAAAAUAUCAAAUCCCCUGUCGUCUCAAAAAGUUAGCCAGCUUAUUUGGCAUGGGUUCUAAGAGAAUCUUAACGGAAAUAAAAGGAUUUCUACAAAAAGUGCAGUCAAACAAAAAAAUUGCUCUGUCUUUUUGCGCAAGGUUUGAUUCUUUGAACAAAUCGUCUCACAGGAUACAUUCCAUUCCUCUAAAUGUAUGUUUCUUAUAAAAUUGUAUGCAUGAAAAUACUCAGCAGUCACAUUUCAGUAUGAUAAUUAUUUAUUUGAGAAACUAUCCUUUCAUGAAGACUUUAACUCAUCGAGAAAUUUUCUCCAAAAUCAUCACUUUCAAAUGACAUUCAAGUUCACAUUCGCAUUAAAUUUGCUAGAGUCUUGAUUUUAUUUUCGGUCACUCUUUUUGGUGUACCUCCAGAUCUAAAACUAUAUAGAAUGAAAGGAAACAUUCCCCCCUCCCUCCCAUCAAUUUCUCAGUAAAAUUUCAGUUAUCAUUUGUUCUCCCACAAGUCCAACCAACAAAUGAAAGAGAGAGAAAAAUCUCUGCUCUCUCCCUGUGUUCACUUUUUCUCAAAUCAGCCACUUUAGUAGAAAAUGCGUCAGCUCUGUUUAGGAGAUAAUACUAUAUGAUUACUUAAUUCUAAAAUUUGUUGAAGUUUAAUUCAAUUAUUUUUUCAUUCUUUCUUAUUAUUUUCUUUUCCUAUUGAGUAUUUAGAUUUCUUAGCAAAAUUUAAAAAUUAAUAAUAAAUGCUGACUGAGAAAUUCAGUUCUGCUCAAUGUAUUUAAACAAACUAACAAGAAAAUUUUCAAACAUCAUUUGACUGAUAUCUUGCUUUCCUGGAUUUUUAUCUCUUCACUCGCAAGUACUCAUUUUGUUUUUAAAUCUUUUUUCUGAGUGGGCCUAUUAGUAAGUGCAUUAACAAUCAAUGGAAAGGUAGGUUUAUGUAUUCAUUAAUUUAUUUGAUGUACUUUUAUUUUUACUUUUUUGUAAGAAAAGAAGAAAAAAACAAGGAAACAAACUAGUUGCUUUUCUCUACAGUGAUCAUAAGAUGAUGUAGACUCAAUUAAAUCUGCAUCACAAUCAAAGUCAUUUCAGGUGUAGCUUUUAUGUUCAUGGAGCCUUGAUGUACCGUUUAAAUUUAAAAUUGAAGGAAAAAGAGUUUUUCAAUUGCAUUCCAAUGUUCUACUUUCUCUGUUGAUGCUCACUCCUUUUCACUCAAAAACUCACAAUUAACCUCAAAAGCAGCACUCUAAACCAAACUAAGAUGCUCUUUUGAUGGUAGUUUCCAAACGAAAGGUGCAUAGUUGAACUAGACAUUGCUGUAAACAUUUUUUCUCUUGUGGGAAGAGGCUCUUUUAACAUGUAUUUCUCGUACAAUACCAUAAAAAGGAAAAAACCUUACUUUCUUUCAUUUUUUUCUAAAUUUUUGAGACUUAACACAGGCUGUCCCAAAGUCUUGCCUUUAACGGGCAUGGGGAAUGACCCUAAUUCCCAUCUUGUCCAUGAACACCUGAGUUACACUUGAGAUGUGGUAACUCAUAAGAUUAGUAAUGAGAUGAUGCCUCUUUAACUGGACUUCUGUAUCGAUGGCUAAAGUGUGCAAUGGCGUGUGUAUCUCCAUUGCAAUGUUUCAAAAUUAUUGCUCCUAUUUUGUUUUUCAAAGAGGAACAAACCAACUUAACAACUAGAAGUUUACACAGAAUAUUCUGCUAACACGGAAGAAUAUUUUCUAGAAAUUACGUCAAGUGGUUUUUCCAAGUUUGACAGGAAGUUUGCAACGCCUCAAACAAAGAUACACGGUUUCACACUUUGACCAUCGAUAGCUUUAAUCUCUCGCUCAGAAUUACAAUCAAUGCACCCCUUUUGAGAUUACCUAUGAAUUGUAAGAAUCAUUCAGAAAUCUUGUUAAUACAUCUCACCAUUUUUUGCUCUGAUUCCUCAGUAUGAAAUAUGAGCAGCUUCAUAUAUAUUCUCUUGACAAAAUUUUGGUUUACCGUUUUUCAGUAUUCAAGAUAUUGAUCGUGAUCAAUUAAUAUCUAUGUUUUUCCCCCCUCUAUUUCUUUUUUGUUAUAAUAUGGUUGAAAUAUUCUUUCACAAGUAGGAAUCAGCUCCUUUGUGAAAAAUAUUCCAAUUUUUAUGAAAAAUUAGAAUAUUUAUUUGUCAAAUUUUAACCAAACUAAGAAAGGCUGAAAGAAGAAUUUAUUGAUCAUCUGUUUUCUCUGAUUUGCACCCUUUGUACCUUUUUCUCCUAUUUAAUUUUAGACUUCUUCAAACUUAUACUUUGUGUUGUGCAACCACCAAUAGUUCUUUUUUUUUAUUAUUUUUUAUUUAAUCAUUCUUCCUUCUCGUGUAUUUAGUGAGAGACUAUGAAGCUCCAAUUUUUUUUUCUAAAUAUUCUUGUAAUUAUAUAGUAGGAUUUAUUAUCUAAUUUGUAUUAUAUAUUUGUAUCAAACCAACAAAAUAAAAGAAGAAAAAAUAGGAAAAAGAAAAUGUAAGAAGUGCCUCUAUUAUCUGAUUUGAUAAGUAUUGCUGUUCAUUUAUUUCUGUUUACCAUAAUCCAGUUUUUCUUAACUUUUAUUCUUUGUCUCCUUAAUAUUUUAAGACCAUGUAGAUUUCACAUUGUCAUUUGGAUGAAAGUUGUGAUUUUGACUUUGCACACAGUUUUUUUCUUCUCUCUCUUUCUACAGAUCGAUUGGGAACUGGGUUUUUUUUUUUUUUUUUGUGAUCCGUUUUAAGUAUUAUAUUACUAUUAAGUUUCGAAUUGAUCGAUCAGAAAACCUUUAGAAUUAAAAAAGGAAAAAGUGUACCAAAGGACUCCAGCUAACACUUGAGAUUUCAAUGAAAACAAUUUAGGUAUUGUAAGUAAUUAAGUAAAUGUAGAGCCUUUAAAUUUGGAAAUGUGCGGGGGUAAAUUUUUCUCAUUCUCAGAAUGCGUGUAACUUUAAUCAUCCUAUUUUUGAAAGAAACCUUGAGCAUGACACUGUUCAUUAAAAGUGAAAGUAGAAGAACACAUAUUAAUUUAAAUUUUGCUGUAAUGCAAAUUUUCCAGGAAAAGAAAAAAAAAGAAUGCAUAGAGAAGCAAAACUACAUGUACAAAAAUUGUGCAAUCAUGAUGAGUAAUCAUCUUUUGAAAAGGAAAUCUGUAACUACGCAAACUGAGAAGUGUGUUUUACUCGUACACAGCACAUAACUUCUUUUUACAAAUUCCAAUUAAUUUAGUAAUUAAUCAAUGAAGACUCCAUAAUUUAGGUCUGUAAAAAAUAUCAAGGGUGUGGUUUUACACAGUUAAGUAGAGACGAAAAAGCACCAAGAAACUAAUGUUCUGAAGGGAAGGGGUAGAUCCUUUAUUUUACCUCCAGAGUAGGGCAAGGGGUAGAGAAGUAAAAAAAAUAGUGAUAAAAUCAUCAUUUUCCAGCCCCAAAAUUAAUCAAUAGCCUCUCAAAGUCAGAUGGGCUGGAUCUUCCCCCGGAAUGACUAAAUUCUGAAGCCUUGUCCAAGUUGUGCAAUUCAUUGGUCCAACAUACCAACCGGUGACUUGGAUUUCCUCAAGUGUCUACCACUGUCUUUCAUAUUCAACAAUUUACUGUCUAAAAAAGCACUGAUUGGUUCAAGUAAACUGUAAUUUUCUUAAUUUUCUCUUAGGUUAAUGAUCAGGAAUCCUCUGAAAGGCAAGAAUGAAUUGAAAACCAUUCAAACAUGUACAGGCCAUAUUUUUGCAGCUUCUUUUAAUUACUAUCAUACAUUUAAGACAAAUUCAAGAGGAGUGUUGUGAUCAAAAUGAUUUUAAUUUUCAGUUUCAAAAUUUUAAAUCGUGAACUUAAAUUUCCGCGAAGGUUCAUCAGUAAAUUUUCAAGCAAUCAUAUGUAGUAAGUAUGUAUUGAUGCAAAUAGAAACUAGAUGAAGAGAACAAACUUAUUCAAAAUUUCUAUGAAUAUCCUGAAACUCUGUAACACUACCACGACAUCUUCAAUUUCAUUGGUUUUGCUCGAAUUCUUCAAAUAAAAUGUCAUUAUUUCAGUUAGAACUGUCGCUGAAUCAAAUGGCUGACUUUUAAAGUGCAACAAAAGAUCUACAGUCCUCAUUUCCUCGUUGGUUCUGUUAAUAAAUUCAAUAUUGUAGAUGGUGAAUCUUUUGACCCACUUUAAGACUCUACCUUCAAUUUGGUAUGAUUUUAACAUGUUCAACUCCUGGAAUAUAAGGUAAUAAAGUCGCUGGAAUCAUGUGGAAUUUUUACAAAUUAGCUAUACCUACCUGACUAAUUAUUACUGAACAAAUUUUGUGAUUCAGAAUCAUUAUUUUUUUUUUUUUGAAGUGGAAAGAUAUCUUAAAUUUAUACUGUUUUAAAUUUUUCAAGUGGCUCUUCAUUGUAUUCUUAAGAGGAAAACGAAACAUUAAAUUCAUAAGUGACUCUUAAUAUUCUUCAUAAAAGAUAUGUAUGCUCUGAUUCCUGUUUUCAGAGCUUUUGAACUAAAAAAAAUAUUAAAACAUUAAAAAAAUGUAUAAUAAUAACAAUUAAAAAAAUGAUACGCGUUUCCAAAUUUCUUUAUUUCAGUUUCGGUUUCAUUUUUGUACUUUUUAAGGGAAGGAAAACUGGUGGAUCAAGCAGUAUGGAUGCAUAUUUGAAGACUGAGGAAAGACAUUUUUGCUCGAUUCAUUUGAGUCAUUUUUAUAAAAAUUAAAAUCUUGAAACUAGUCCAUUUAGACCUGCACUUAGUGCAUGAAACCAUUCAAUACAAGUUCGUAAGUGAUGUAUUGAAUUGAGAUGUCGUAAAAUUUAGGCAAAGCCUUCACAAUUCAAAUGUAACAAUAAACUCUAUCCUCUUUUGUAAUUUUAAGUUUUUGCUCUCUACACUUAAAAAUAAGUUUAAACGUAUACUUUAUACUAUUGAAUUUUUUAUUCAUCUUCUUUCUCUCAUUUAACCUAGCCUUUGUUGUCAGGUAAUAAGUUUUCAUCUUUUCUUACAUUCAGCUGGAAGGCUAGGGAACGAAACGUGAUAGUUUGCUGGUUUGAUUUAUCAAUUUUUAUUUACCAGUGUUGUACGUUGUAAGUUUGGAAUUUUAUUCCAGUUGUUAAUGCCGGUUCUACCGCAAAUUUUUGCUGGUUUUAAUGCAAUUUUUUUUUCUUUUUUUUAUGAAGUGUUUGAGGGUUUGUGCAAUUUUUCAAAUUUGAUACAUAAGAAGAAACUCAGUCUGUCAUAUCGGCACUCUUCUAAUGUAAAGGCGUAUCUCUAUUUCAACAUGAGCCUGGAAACACAUGGAGUUGUAUGGAAAAUAGAACUCUACUCAAAAAGCAGUUACGCCCUUAUGUCAGAGGAGCGGCGAUGUGUCAAAUAAAAAUGGAAAUUUCUUCGGCGUUAUCUACUUACUAAUUUAUUUUUUAUUAUUUUCCAUUUCAAUCUGUUUUUGGUUUUAUUUUACAGUUUAUUUAUUCAUUUAAUUUUUGGGGGGGGGGAGAUUUUGGAGACAGAAAAUUGAUUGAUACUCGGUCUUAAAAUUAUUGUCGAACACAUCGCAAAAAAGCAGAUAAAUUUUCGUAUUCAACGGUGUACCAUAUCAAAGGAACAAACAAACAUAAACUAAAAAUAUUGGUUUCCUUUGCAAGAAUUUUCGCACGAAUUGAUAAAUUUAGUCGUUUGCAUGAUGUUUAUUUUUAGUUUCCAGUUCUUGGCAUUAGGAAGUAAUUGAGGUCCACACGUAAUUUUACUCUUAGAUCAUCUUUUUUUUUUUUGAAAUUUUAAAUUAAUUUUGUUGAUUUCUUUGAAUAUGGUUUAUUUUGUUUUAUUUUGAUUUAUAUAUUUUUAAUGAUACCACAUCUCUGUUACUCAAUUGUAGAAUGUAAUUAUUAUAUUUUUUACUUGUUGUAUUUUAUUUUAAAAUUGAUGUUUAUUGAAUUAAUCAUUUUUUAGUCCUAAGUUUUUUUUUUUACAACAGAAAAUGCCGUUUAAAUUAAAAAAUUAUAAACUUAGUCCAGACCUCUCGUCCAACUUAAAUUUUCUUUCUUUUUUUUUCUUUGACCUGAAAUAAUAAAAUCCUGAACCAGUUUUUUAUCCAUUCAUUUAUUUUCUUGUUUUAUUUUAUAUUUUGAAACUGUUUGGCUUCAUAACUUUACUUUGCUAAAUUAGUAGCCCUUUCAUCACUUACUGAUACUUGUGUUAAAUAAUUUGAGUCAUCAAUCUUCUUUUACAAAGAUCUUGCGUUCAUGAAAAUUUCAUGCACUGCCAUCAUUAAAUUUUUUUACCAGUAAUUAGAGAAAGAAAAUAUGCAGUCGGAUGGUUUCUUACGAAUUGUUUCGGGGGCAAGGAAUACUUCGUGAAGGUUUUUUGUCACAUUCCCGUAUUGAAGAUCAUAUCUACUUACUCGGCUAGCAUAAAACAACAAGAAUUUAAUGAAUGAAGGAAAAUGACUAUGAAUUUUAAAACUUAGCUUUAGCUACCGUUGAAGUCUUCACUGAUUAUUUAUCCAGUGUCAAUGUCAUUUUCGGAUCUCAGAGUUAUACCAAGAAAAUGAAUGAUAGUAAUAAAUAAAAAUAAUAAAACUAAAGGAAUGAACGAAAUAAAAAAGGGAGUCAAUUCUGUAUUGCGCUUUUUUCUUUUUUCUUCUCCUAUUUCAUCACUUCUAAUUGUCUGUCAGAAAUCAGUUCUUAAUUGAAAUUUUCAUCAAUUCAUUUGUGCAUAAAUCAUGAAGCGAUAGUAAAAAUUCCUGUAGCAGUGUCCCAGUCAAAGAAAUCAUGAUAAAGAAAUGAAGGACCAGAUUGUGGUUUUAUCCAUGAGUCAUUCAAACGGAGUGACAGUGACUUUACAGUUGGGAAUUAAAUUUCUGUAUAAGACUGAAAAGCUCUUCAAAGAGGGAAAUAGCCCAUUUGAACACAAUUUUCUCUCAUGGACUCAUGCCGUUUGGUGCCUAAAUAAUUAUGACGGAUCAGAAAGGCAGCUGUGAACAAGUUUCACUAUCGCCUUCCUGAUCAGUCUUAACUAAAGGUGCACUAAGCGGCAUAUCAUACAUGGUUCAAUUUUGCUCUAGUAAGCAUUUUCCUUCCUUCACGAAAAUUGCAGUUUUUUACCAAAUUUUAAUACACUGUUGCAAAGUUACCAUCUCUCUAUCUAAAUAAAUGAAGCAAAAAACAGUACCGAGUGGACAAAUUUGCCCCCCUCCCCCCUCCCUCCCUUACUCACCAUUAAGGGAGACCUUCAUACCAAUCAUACAUCAGUACAUGCAAUUUAUUUUCAAAUUCAAAAAUUCUUUGCAGGCAACUUACCCACAGAGUACGUAUUGGUGAUGAUUAAAUUUAGUACUGAGUAGACAAUCUUGUGCAUUUUUUGUGGUACUUUUUUCCAUCAUUUGUUGAUGAGUGAUUUUUGCUUUUCAGCAAAUAAUAAUAACUUUGAUCUAAUUGUCAAAUCUAAGUAUUAAAGUAAUGUGCUCUUUUUGAAGAUAAGUGAUGACGCGUCAUCCGCUGUUGAUGUAAUCCAUGAUAUCCUCCACAACAUCAGUGACAUCAAUGCAACCAGCUAGAAUGAAUCGCAUCGACUGUAAAACUCCCAAGCCACAUUUCGGUUUGCAAUCUCCAAAGUGAAAAACUACUCAAGUUAAUUUUCUUUAAACUUCUGUGAUUUUUCCCUUCAGUGAGAAGAAAAUUCUGUGAACACCUCCGGGAAUGAUGUUGAUUUGUUCUCCUUCAAAAGAAUAAAAUGGGAGCAGAGAUUUUAAAACACUGCAAACAAGAUAUGUGGUUUUUGGAGUUUUACCGUCAAUAUUUUGAUGAAAUCGUGCUAGGAGGAAUCUUUGUAUAUGCAUUCACGUACAAAUUGAUGAUGAAACUAGUAAGUUACACUUCCCCUCAAAAAUUAAAAUAUGAUGGGAGACUUGUGAAGUGGCAAAUCAAGGCAAUUUUUUUCCAUUUAUUUAUUUAUUUAUUUAGCUUUGCAUUGAAAUGUUUGAUGAUGCCUCUGUUUUGCACAUCAAAACAUGAUUAUGCACAGGGUGAUUUGAAAAUCCUGCACCAUCAAGCAUUAACCUCGUAACUUUUGAUCAGAUUCAGAUAGAGACUUGAAAUUUUGUUAGUGCUCCUAGAUCAAAGAAUUCUAUCUUUGGCAACCCCCCAAAAUUCCAAGGGAAUCAUCCUGAAAAGGGGUAAGAACCCUGGGGGGUUAUGAAGAUGGUGCAGGACUCUUGAAUCACCCUGUAUGUGUCACUUGUGCAACCUGAUUUAUAAUUAAAUUUAUAAUUCAUUGAGUAUUCCGGUACAUAACCACCUCUACUUUCGGGUGGUAGUAGGGCAAACCUAGACGGUUACUGCUGUAAUGAUUUUCAAAACUGUUGCGUUCGGUUUUAGUCCUUGAGAAAGUCUGGAGUCUGGAGUAUUGAUUAGUUCUUACUAUCUAAAAACUUGGUAAAUUCACUCUUGUGUUCUGUACCAUUUUUUUUUCAUCUCCUCCCCUCGCCCUCUUCUUUUGUGCGUUUGUAUCAUAAAAGAAAGAUCAAUAGAAAUAUUUUACUAACUGUACAUAUUUCCUCUAUAUUUUUGGAAUUCCCUUAAUAUUCCUUCGUUUUCAUACCCAUACAGGUAUGUGUGUAUGUACAUGUUGUGGAUAGUUAAAUAUUGCAUUGUACAGUCAGAGCAGUUGACCAUUCAUACUUUUAUUUUCAUCAGAUUGGAACGUGAAAUGUAAUUUUCAAUGAAUAUACGGUCAGUGUGUAUAUUCUUUUAUUUUUUAUAUCUUUUCGGAAAUUGACAUUGCCCCUUUUCCCUGGUAAUUAAAGUGAAGUGGAUUGUCCAUAAUAGUUUUUGUUGUGGUGCGUUAAUAAGUUUAAAUAUACUAAUACUGUAUCAAUGAAAGAAGGGUCAUGAGGACAUUUUGUGAAAUCAGCAGAUGGCAAACACUUGAUGAAUAUGACAAAUUUACUUGUAACUCAUUUAAUAUUAUCAGGUGAACGUUCUUCAACUGCAUCUCAGUCGUUUUUGCACCAUACUAUACAGAUAUAUGUUUAGUCCCCCUUCUUUGAAAGUUUAAGAUUCACAAUUACAAAUCAUCACGAUCAACUCAGAACAUGUUAUAUCUUAAUAUUAAUUAUUAAUUUUUGUGAUAUUCCUAGUAAACAAACGUUUAUUACUGUAUUAUUUUAUUGAUAAUAACAAUAAAUAUUGUUAUAUUUUAAGUCAUUAUAAUAAUUCUGUAUCUAUUAACUGUAUAUCGUAAUGUGUUUGUACAAAGAACGUGUACAUGUACCUAUACAUUGUUUGUUUAGUUGAUUUCAUUAAACCUAUGUUCAAAUACAUGGAGAAUAUAUUUUACUUUUACUUCUA